UAUCAAUUUUGACUACAAAGUAUUCGACUCAUUUUUUAAAUUGAAAAUUGAGCUGCUUUUUUAAAUUAUUUAUUUAACGCAAUGGAAGAAUCAAGUGCAAAUGAAAACAAUGAUUCCAAUCAUUUCGUUGUAAUUGAAAAUGGUGUAAAUAGUCCCGAUAAUCCUCACGACAAUUCUCUAUCUAUUAAAGCACAAAAAAUUUCUAAAAUUAUUGAAAAAGAGUUUGAUAAAGAAAUUAAAACUAAAAAAGUCGAAAUUUUAAAUAUUUUCGAAACUCUCCAGAAAGCUGUCAAAACGUUGCACUUCUUGAGAAUGUCAAUUGUUCGUGAUUAUUAUCACAAGGAUAAUUUACUACCGGAUGAUUCAGAGGAUUCUAAAAAACAAUAUCGUCCUCACCCUACAGUUAAUGCUUCUGCCAAAAAAAUUACUUUAGCUGAUAUGGGUUAUCCAGAAGAUUGUUUUGCAGAAUUCUACAGAGAAAAACGUCAAAAGCUAAUGGAAGAAAUGUCUGAUAAACUUGAAGAAGAAUCUAAAAAAAAAGAAAAAAAUGCAGAAAUAAUAAAGCAACUGAUCAAGAAGAAUUCUUCUGUUCCAGAUUUAAUUAGCAAACAAAAAAUGAAAAAAUACAUAGUUGUUGGUAAUGUAUCAAAAUGGAUCGGGGAAAAAAUUAGGGAAGAUGAUCCAACCCAUAAAUGGAUAGUUUAUGUGACAGAUGCUAAUAAAGAUCCAAAUUCAGUUGAAAUUGCACAAUAUAUAUCAAAAGUACGAUUUUUUUUACAUCAAACUUAUAAACCAUAUGAUGUGAUUGAUAUCACUUCUCCUCCAUUUCUUUUGUCAAGGCAUGGUUGGGGCGAAUUUGAUAUGAGAAUCCAGAUACAUUUUUCAAAUGGAAUAAACAAACCUGUAAACAUCAUUCAUCAGCUGAAAUUAGACCAAAAAAAUACAGGUUUAUAUGAACCUGGACAAGAAACGAUAGCUAAUAUUUAUGUUAGUUCAAAAAUUAGAAAUUUUAAUAUAAAUGAAGAAAUCAAUACAGAUAAUGAAAUCACAAAUUAUGAUCUGAAUAGUCCUUCAGAAAACCUUGAAAGUAUGAAUCAUUCAAAUGAUUCACCCCACAGCCAAGUUAAUUUAUUAUCAACUACUACUACUAAAAAUGAAUCUUUGAAUCAAAAUGAAAAAACAAUCAUGACCGAAAGCAUGGGAUAUGAAGACUCUUGUAAACCGCUUGAUAACAUAAAAUUACAAUCAACUGAUAUCUUUAAGGAUAAAAAAAUGGAUUCAGAUAACUCUAAUGAUGUUUUGCAGCACUCAGGUUCAAUGAGUAACUCAAUCAAUUAUAAUGCUCUUCAUCAAAAUAAUUUUCUUGAAGAUAACAAUGUUGUAAAUUUUGAAAAAUACUGUCAAAGUGUUGUCAACUUUAUAAAUCAAUCAAGAGUAAGAACUUUAUCAAAAGUACUCAAAUUAGUUUUCAAUCGUUUGCCCCUCAAUAUGGACAAAGUUAAUGAUCCUUGCUACAUGAGUCUACCUCCUUAUGCUCAUGAGAGCAUAUCAGAGUUUAAUAAAUGUUCAAAGGUAAAACAGAGAGCUUUAGAGAGGUAUCGAGCUAUUAGUGCUUUGAAUAUCAUUAAUAAAAUUGACCAGUUUUGUGAUACUUGUUCAGUUAAUGAAUUGAUAGUGUGGGCUAGAAGGUAUUAUUUUACUCCCAUAUAUGACCUUACAUUUUUGCAUAAGUAUUGUCAAGCAAAAAAUGUUGAAAAUAUUGUAGGCGACUUUCAGUCAACAUCAACAGUAUUAUCUAGUUUGAAUCAGUGGAUAAAAAAAUGCCAAAAAACAAAAUCAAAAGUCAAUAAAACUGUAGAUGAAAGUGAUGAAGAAAUUGAUGUACUCAAUGCAAAAGCAAAUGUAACAAGACUUCCAUACUCAAAUGAUUGUACAGAAUCAAGUAAUAAUCUCCUUAUUUCCAUUGAAUAUCCUGAUAAAAAAAAUAGUUUACAAGAGUUUGUAGAUAAUACUACGCAACAAAUUGGAAUAAAGUUGGUGAACGAAGAAGUAGUACAAGGGGUUUCUCACAAUUCAUCAAAUUUGUUAAUAACUAAAUCUGUAGAAUGCCUUUUUGAGGACUUAUUGAGGACUUCUUUUUCAUGUGCCAUAGAUAGAUGUAAAAGAGAAGAGAACUUUGUUAUUGAACCAAAUGAUGUAAGAAUGGCAUUAAUAAAACGAGAAGAAUUUUCUAUUUUAUCAAAUGUCAUGCUGGGUUCACAAGAUUAAAAAUUAUAUUGAUAAAUAAAUGUUUCAUUGAAUCUGGGAUUUUUUGUACUGUUAGAUUUACUUGUAAUAUAUUUUGUAAAAUGUUGUCUUUUCUACUUUUAUGAAUGUUGAAAAAUAAAAUUUAAUCUAUUAAUUUUUCUUAAAAAGAUUUUGUAAAAUAAUUUUUUAAUCACAAUGCCUCAUAUGUA